AUGCUUUCAAUCCUAGAUAACUCUCUGCGUGCGGUGAACUUCGUGUUCCUAAUUAUAGUGCUCGGGCUGACGGGCUCGUUGAUCCACGGACAACGGAACUCCCACUCGCGCGUGAACUUCGGGCUGUUCACGGCGGUGUUCGCGUUGGUGACGGACUCCUUCUACUCGAUCGUGGCUAAUUUCAUCUCUGCCUUUGCGUGGCCCAUCAUCACCAUUGCACUGGACGUGCUCAACCUGAUUUUCACCUUCGCCGCUGCGACCGCGCUGGGCCAGUCAAUUGGUGCACACUCGUGCAGCAACCGUGGUUUCUUGGAUGGAAACACCAUCUCUGAGCAGUCGACGGACAGGUGCCGCAAGGUGCAGGCUUCAUCUACGUUUUUGUUCUUCUCCUUCUUCAUUUUCUUGGCCAAGGCGGUCUUCUCUGGCUUGAACAUCUUCUCCAGCGGCGCCUUCAGCUCUGGCGGCUCCAAGCGCGGUGGCGGUGUCCCAACCAUCUCUCAGGUCUGA